GACUAGGUUCAUUUUUUCCAAAUCUUUCCGGCGAUCUCCUUCUAUGCUCCUUGCCUCUGCUCUGUUUCCUCCCAUCCGGAAAACCUCUCAGUCUUCCAACAGAAGAGAAAUGUGCAGAGUUGAGAAGGAGAGUGGGAAAAAUGGCACCAACUACGAUGAUGACACUAGAGAAAGAGAGGAGAUGAGGUCAAAAGGAAAAGGUCGUAAGGCUUCCUUGCUGUAUCCCACUGAAGGGGAUAAGAAGAAGGAAUCACUGGGACUGCCUUUGAUCCCCCCGAUACGCAGGGCAGUAAGUCCCGAUGUUGGCAGUGCUGCAGGGUCUCUGCAAAGCUCUCUGCAGCUGGAUGUGCAAGAGUCCCAGGAGAUGAGGCCCAGAUCCACCAGGAGAAGCGAAGAUGACAACUCUGAAGAAGGAGGGCUGACUAGGUUCAUUUUUUCCAAAUCUUUCCGGCGAUCUCCUUCUAUGCUCCUUCCCUCCACUCUGUUUCCUCCCAGCUGGAAAACCUCUCAGUCUUCCAACAGAAGAGAAAUGUGCAGCGUUGAGAAGGAGAGUGGGAAAAAUGGCAGUGGCUACGAUGAAGACACCAGAGAAAGAGAGGAGCUGAAGUCAAAAGGAAAAAGGUGUAAGGUAAGGAGACCAAGCUAUGUCCUGUGUGGGAGAUUUUCAGUCGAUGUGCUGCCGGCAGAGCUUGGUGAGCUGUCCCUGUGAAGUGAGCCCAGGGAA